AUGGGAGGAAAGGGAGCGAACUCGCAGUCAUAUAUCGAGGUUUGUAUAUGCAGAAGUAUCCAAACUAAGCAAGGCAGUCAUGAAACCAAGAUUCCACCGACUGAGGAGCAUCAAGACAGAUUUCGUCUUCUUUUGACGGAUGUUUUCACCGUAAACGUAUGCUAUAGUGGGGGCGCCAAUGGGUAUCUUUCAGUCAUUUGGUCUGCGGGAGAAAUUAAUCACUCGUCUUUCACUAGCAUCGAAUUUCCAAAAGAGGCGAAUAAUAAGAUGUGA